CUCACUCAUCCUUAAGCAAAUUCUCAACCAUUCCCUUCUCUCUUUCAAAAAAAUGUCCCGCCUCCGCCAAUUCUUCGCCGGAAGAUCAUUUUCCGGCGACAAAGCCACCCGAAAAAAACUCCUCCUCUCUCUCCUCGCCACAACCGUCCUGGUCUCCGCCGUGAUCGGAGUCGCCGCCGGAGUAAAAUCCCGGCGCCACAGCCCCUCCGGCGCCGGCGAAAGCGCCGCCCUCAAAAUCUCCGGCGCCCACGCCAUCGCUCGAGCCUCCUGCAGCAGCACAUUGUACCCGGAGCUCUGCUACUCCUCCAUCGCCGCCUCUCUCGACGGCGGCAAGAAGGUGAAAUCCCCCAAGGACAUCAUCACUCUGUCGCUGAACGUGACGAUCGCCGCCGUGAAGCGGAACUACGCCACCAUCGGAAAGCUGCUCGCCGCCGACAAGGGCAACUUCACGAAGCGGGAGAAGGGGGCGCUCAAGGACUGCCUCGAGACGCUGGACGAGACGCUCGAUGAGCUCGAGACCGCUGUCGACGAGCUCAACGAGUACCCGUUCAAGAAGUCGAUCGAGGCCCAUGCCGAUGACCUCAAAACCCUACUCUCCUCCGCCAUCACCAAUCAGGAGACCUGCCUAGACGGCUUCUCGUACAGCAAGGCCGACAGGCAUGUACGAGAAGUCUUCAUAGGAGGGCAGGUCGUUCGGGUCGAGCAGCUCUGCAGCAACUCGCUCGCGAUGCUGACCAACAUGACGAAGAAGGACGCGGAGGAGGAGAGGAAGCUCAACGGCGGGAGGAAGCUCACGGCGGCGGCGGCGGACGGGGGCUGGCCGGAGUGGAUGUCGGCGGGGGACAGGCGGCUGCUGCAGUCGUCCUCCGUGACGCCGAACGUGGUGGUGGCGGCGGACGGGAGCGGAGACUACAAGACGGUGGCGGCGGCGGUGGCGGCGGCGCCGGAGAAGAGCAGCAAGAGGUACGUGAUUAGGAUAAAGGCGGGGGUGUACAGGGAGAACGUGGAGGUGCCGAAGAAGAAGACGAACAUAAUGUUCGUCGGAGAUGGGCGGACCACCACCAUCAUCACCGCCAGCAAGAACGUUGUCGACGGAAGCACCACGUUUAACUCCGCUACAGUUGCUGUAGUAGGAGAAAAGUUCUUGGCCAGAGACAUCACUUUCCAAAACACGGCCGGGCCCUCCAAGCACCAAGCCGUCGCGCUUCGGGUCGGGUCAGAUCUUUCCGCAUUCUACAAAUGCGACAUUCUGGCCUAUCAAGACACGCUAUAUGUCCACUCCAAUCGAAAUUUCUUCAUAAACUGCUAUAUAGCUGGCACGGUUGACUUUAUCUUUGGUAACGCCGCCUCAGUGCUCCAAGAUUGUGACAUCCACGCCCGUCGCCCUAAUUCGGGUCAAAAGAACAUGGUCACGGCCCACGGCCGAACCGACCCGAACCAGAACACGGGCAUAGUGAUACAAAAAAGUAGGAUUGGAGCGACUUCUGACUUGAAGUCAGUCCAAAAAAGUUUUCCUACUUAUCUUGGACGGCCCUGGAAGGAAUAUUCCAGGACCAUCGUCAUGCAGUCGUCCAUAACGGACGUGAUACACCCGGCCGGGUGGCAUGAGUGGAGCGGGAGUUUCGCCCUCAAUACUCUGACUUAUGGAGAGUAUCAAAACACGGGGGCCGGGGCGUCCACUUCCGGAAGGGUUAAAUGGAAAGGGUACAAGGUGAUCACGAGCUCGACCGAGGCAGCGGGUUACACGCCAGGGAAGUUCGUCGCCGGUGGGAGUUGGUUGCCCUCAACCGGCUUCCCUUAUUCACUAGGGUUGUAAUUCUUGUGUGUGUAAUUUUUAGUUGAUGAGAUUGGUUUUCAUAAUUGAGGCCCAUAGCUAAGGCCCAUUUGAGUUGCUUCAAUAAUCCUUAAUGUGUAAUUUAGUGGCUUUGUGUCGAAAAUAGGAAUAAGUUUUAUCUUGUCAUCUUGUGGAUUGUAAUAAUGUAUUCCAUAAAAAUGAAAAAAUGCAAGUUUUUAGCACGUUAUUA